GUAUUGCAUACAAUGUGCCAGGUGGUAAGAAGAAUCGUGGAUUGGCCCUAGUACUUGGCUACAAGCAUUUGGCGAAAUCGAGCGAUCUCACACCAGAAAACAUCAGGCUCGCUCAUAUCCUAGGAUGGUGUGUGGAACUUCUGCAAGGUGCAUUUCUUGUUUGGGAUGACUGCAUGGAUGAAUCGUCCACAAGACGUGGCAGACCCUGCUGGUAUAAAAUGCCAGGUGUUGGAUUGACGGCCAUCAACGACGGAAAUUUAUUGGAAAGCGGCGUUUUCCAAUUGCUGAGGCGACAUUUCAAGUCCCGGCCUUACUACAUUGAUAUUGUGGAGUUAUUCCAUGAU